CCCCCACCCACCCCGAUGGACUCCCUCCCGCGGAAGCGCAAGGGCGCGCGCUCCCUCGCCGGCUCCCUCCACGACGCCUCCGCCGACCGCAAGCGCACCUGCCGGCACCGCAACCCGCGCCCCAACAAGAAGAAGAAUAAAAAACCCCCCUCCGGCGACGGCGCCUCCUCCUCCGCCGCCUCCCCCGCCGCCUCCGCCCGCCGCGGCGUCGUCAUGACGGCGCCGCCGGCCAGCGGCCGGGCGGCGCCGGACAGCCCAGGCCGAGGCCUCAAGCGCAAAGUCGGCUGCAUCGACUCCGCGACCCGCAUCGGGCGCAAGAAGCGCCUCGAGGACUCGUACGAUCUCGGCCCGCAGAUCGGGCGCGGCAAGUUCGGGUCGGUGCGGAUCUGCCGCGCGCGGGCGGGCGGCGAGGCCUUCGCGUGCAAGUCCCUCCCAAAGAGCGGCGGCGAGACGGGGGCGCACCGCGAGGUCGAGAUCAUGCAGCACCUCUCCGGCCACCCGGGCGUCGUCACGCUGCGGGCCGUCUUCGAGGACGCCGACGCGUUCUACCUCGUCAUGGAGCUCUGCGGCGGCGGGCCGCUGCUCGACGAGAUCGCCAGGGACGGCGCCGUCUCCGAGCGCCGCGCCGCCGUGCUCAUCAGGGAUCUCAUGUCCGUGCUCAAGUACUGCCACGAGAUGGGGGUCGUGCACAGGGACAUUAAGCCUGAGAACAUCUUGCUCACCAAGAAUGGCAGGAUGAAACUCGCGGAUUUUGGACUCGCAGCAAGAGUUACCAAUGGUCAGAAAUUGUCUGGCGUUGCUGGGAGCCCAGCCUAUGUGGCGCCUGAGGUGCUGUCAGGGAGUUACUCUGAGAAAGUAGACAUAUGGGGUGCUGGGGUGCUACUCCAUGUACUACUGCUUGGUUCACUUCCAUUUCAAGGGGGCUCUCUCGAUGAUGUCUUUGAAGCUAUAAAGACAGUUGAGCUUGAUUUCCACAGCGGUCCAUGGGAAUCAAUGUCAGCUUAUGGAAGGGAUCUUAUUAGUCGAAUGUUGGAUAGAGAUGUAUCCUCUAGGAUAACCGCUGAUCAAGUUCUUAGUCACCCAUGGGUGUUGUUCUACACGGAAUGUACCCUGAAGGCAGUAACUCCUAAUGCAUGUGUCACUAACAAGGUUGUAGCACCCAAACUUCCAUGGGACAGAAUUAGAUCACAUUGUGAGUCGUCAGCUUCAGAUUCGUCAAGCCAGAGGUCUGAGGACCAGGAUGAAUCUGGCAUAGUUGAUGCACUGACAGCAGCAAUAACACAUGUUAGAAUAUCAGAGCCAAAAAGGACUCGGCUUUGCAGCCCGGCCAUCCCCAUACAGCAGGAGUGUUCUUCAAACCUGAAGAGUAACCUCUGUACGGCAUUUUGAUACGACCGCAAUGUAUAGCUCCUGAUUGGUUGGUCUGAUGUCACUGAUGGUUCGACCUGUUGAGUGUCCCUGAGCUGUGGAGAAUAACUCGGGUUUCCUGUCAGAGCAAACAAGCGUUUGACAUGGUAUGAUAUAGAUUGCGGUGAUGCUGAUAAACCCGACAUGAUAGGUGAUGCUGUAAAUUUUGUAAAUAGAAUGAUCGCUGUAGCUAAUUUAUCUUGUAAGAACAACUUCAGUUUAUGUUGGCAAACGUAUUGUGUGCCCAUGUACCAUUCGUUGUUCAUUCUGAUUCAGUCUAUUGAGAUCUGAUAUUUUGACA